AUGAAUUUCUGGAAGAAGUUGCGCCACAACUUGGAGCGCCAGGAGCCAGGUGCCGAGCUGCCAGACCUCUACGGAGUGGGCUGCGUGGCAGACUACAUCUGGCGAGCUCGCAGCGCCUUGAGCCGGGUCACUGGAGCAAAGCAUUCUGACAUGGCGCUGACACGGUGGGACCACAGAAAACCUCCGGACCUGGGCAAUCUUGUGCUGAUGACCGCGCAGGAGGCACAGCAGCACCAUGCCGAGUGCAAGGUCACUGGGUCAUUGCCACCUUCAGUUCUUGAAGCCCUUGACCGGGACGACACCACUUGCACGGCAGUCCAGCGGACACUCUCCAAGCUCCGGAACCACCUGGAGGCCAGCAUGGUAGGUGCACCUGACAGCUCCGACGGAAGCAGGUACAGUCAAUCUGCCACGCCUCCUGCACGUCCUGCAGAGGCCACGGAACCCAACUCCGUGCCUCAGAGCCCCGCACAAGCUUUGCGGCCUGGAUUUGCUGGGCUGGUUGGGAAUACCAAGCUGGUAGAGCUCCGAUGCCUUUCGCAAGGGACCGGAUGCCGCAUCCUGGGCAAAGCCGAGUUCCUAAGCCCAGGUGGCUGCCAGAAGGACCGCGUUGCGCGGCAGAUUCUGGAUGAGGCUGCAGCUGCUGCGCUGCUCCGCCCAAACGGUACGGUGGUUGAGGGCACCUCUGGGAGUACAGGGAUUUCACUUUGCCUGGCCGCGGCUGCUCGCGGUUACCGAGUGCACGUGGUUUUACCCGACGACCAGGCCUCUGAGAAAGCAGAGCUGCUGCAGCGGUUCGGCGCCACCGUGCAGCUGGUGCGGCCUGCAAGCAUCUCCAGCCCCGAGCACUAUGUCAAUGUGGCACGGCGGCACGCGGAGCGGCUGAAUGCAGAGGAGGGGGAGGGCGCCGCGCUGUUUGCUGACCAGUUCGAGAGCCCUGCAAACUACCGUGCUCACUAUGAGGGUACUGGACCAGAGCUGUGGGGGCAGUGCGAAGGCUCCUGGGUCACCUGGGCUUCUGUUAAGGAAAGUAAGUUAAGCUACCAUACUAUGGAUGUAUGA